GCCGACAACAUGGUAUCCUUAAAAACGCUCACCAAAACCGCUACGUACAUAGCGAUCGGUGGGAUUACUUGUGCGAUGAUAAUGAAGGUGAAGCUGGAGGACAAAAUACGCAGCCAGCCGUACUACAAAGAAUCGCUCAAACUGCUCCGAUCUCAUCCGGGUGCGAUACAACUGCUCGGUGAGCCGAUAAAGGAUCUAAGCUUCGAUUACGGAGAGGAAAGCAGAAAGUUCGGCGGCGGCAGAAUCGAUAGCUUUGCUGUACCGGUGAGGGGACCAAAAACCCGCGGCAAGUACUACUUCUGGGCGGAAAUGCAGGACGAACGGUGGGUGAUAAGGCGGGCAGAGCUGGAGCUGAAAAACGAACCGGACCGGCGGUUGUUGAUAAGGGCGGAAGAGAGUCAAGCCAAAGAGUAGGGUUCGUUCGUUAAGGUAGUUUCGUAAGUAGAGAAAGCAUUCAAUCGUUGUUUUUAGUAGAGUUAAUAAAUAGUAGAAACCGAUAC